CGCGAGGGGGGCCGGGCCGUCGAGUGUUUAUGCGCGUAAUGGCGGCGAUCAGGUUGUGAUGAGCCACGGCGAAAAACACACAUCCAGCGAUCCAGCCCUCGAUCAGUUUCCACACCGGCGACACGGACGAACGUGAAGAUGCAGAUCACGCUGAAAACCCUCCAGCAGCAGACGUUUAAAAUCGACAUCGACGCGGAGGAGACGGUAAAAGCCUUAAAGGAAAAAAUCGAGAAUGAAAAGGGAAAAGAUGGCUUUCCGGUGGCGGGACAGAAGCUGAUAUACGCAGGCAAAAUUUUGAACGAUGACACGGCGCUCAAGGAGUACAAGAUAGAUGAGAAGAACUUCGUGGUGGUUAUGGUAGCAAAGCCUAAAGCGGCUCCUGCAUCUUCAUCUUCAUCUGGAUCCGCCUCCUCCUCAUCUGUUGCCACGGCGACCGGCUCCGCCUCCUCCUCCUCCAUCACUACAGCGACGACCCCGACUGCGACCCCAGAAACCCCGACCUCGACCCCGGCCAAAGACGACAAACCCACCGAGGAGAAACCAGCCGGCAGCACUGCGCCCUCCUCCACACCCGCCAGUUCGGAUUCUUCGCCAAAUGCAAACAUAUUUGAGGAGGCGACGUCUGCGCUGGUGACGGGGCAGUCCUACGAGAACAUGGUGACGGAGAUCAUGUUGAUGGGAUACGAGCGGGACAGAGUUGUGGCGGCACUGAGGGCCAGUUUCAACAAUCCGGACCGCGCCGUGGAGUACCUGCUCACGGGCAUCCCCGCGGAGGGCGAGGGCAGUGUAGGAGCUGCUGACCCAGUGGCUCCAGUAGGUGGCGCUCCUCUUGUAACCUCGGGUCUCUCUUCACCGUCCAGUACCGCCCCGUCACAGCCCAGCACAGGAUCAGGCGCCAAUCCUCUGGAGUUCUUGAGGAACCAGCCACAGUUCCUGCAGAUGAGACAGAUCAUCCAGCAGAACCCGUCUCUGCUACCAGCUCUACUACAGCAGAUCGGCAGAGAGAACCCACAGCUCCUGCAGCAAAUCAGCAGCCAUCAGGAGCAGUUCAUCCAGAUGCUGAACGAGCCGGUCCAGGAGGCGGGGCAGGCGGGCAGUGGGGGUGGGGCUGGGGGCGUGGCCGCGGGCGUGGCCGAGGCGGGAGGCAUGAACUACAUCCAGGUCACGCCGCAGGAGAAAGAAGCUAUUGAGAGGCUAAAAGCCCUCGGAUUCCCAGAAGGACUCGUUAUACAGGCUUACUUCGCGUGUGAGAAGAAUGAAAAUCUGGCCGCAAACUUCCUUUUACAACAGAACUUUGAUGAUGAUUAGAGGAGGAGUGGAGCGCUGAUCAUUUCCCCUCUUAAGUUUCUUUUUUCUGUUUGAAUGAUCAUUUUUGGAGAAGAAAAUCUAUACAAAUACACUCUCACUCACUCUCUCUCUCUCUCCCACACACACACUCUCUACAUUUUACACACUGGAUGACAUGAGCACGUUUGCCUGGAGAUCUUCUGAACUUCAUUUGUUCGUCUCCAGUGGCGGAAAUCAGUAAAAGCCUCUUUUCUUCAUCUAACAUUUGGCCGUGUGAUACCUGUUUGUUUUUCAUUUGUUCUUUUUUUAUGACCAAUAAAGAACAUUGUUUUCUCCAUUGUUAGGACAUGUUAGCAGGUUCAA